UGUUCAAUCACGUGACUGCGAACAGGCGUCAAAAUGUCGGAACAUAAAUCGUAUAGCAUGAACGAGAAAUUAUUUUACAACACUGUCCAGUGUCAGACUUUUUCUCCUGACGGACAAUAUUUGGCGGCUGGUAAUAUAUACGGCGCUGUCUCCAUUUACGAACUUUCGAAAGCACUGGGCCCUUAUCAAGAUCAUGAGACUGAUCCCAGAGGACCAAACUAUCGAUUCACAGCAUAUCCAGACCAGCAAGUACACAGUAUCGUUGCAACAGACAAAUUUCUUAUAACGGGGACGGUUGGUGAAAUAUCUGGAUGGGAUUGGAACACUGUCAUCUCAAAUAAAGUAUCCAAAAUCAAAGUAUCAUGGUCAAUACAAAUACCAACUGUCAAGGACAGUUACGAGAGGCCUGAUGUGAACUAUAUGGUACUGUCAAAAGAAGACAACCUUCUGCAUGCUGGCUGCGGAGAUAACAAAAUUUAUACUUUUAGUCUAGAAGAUGGUAAAUUACUGAGGACACUUGAAGGCCACGAGGAUUUUAUCCAUGCGCUUUCUCUGUUAGGCAACCAAUUGGCAUCUGCCAGUGAAGAUGGGUCUGUAAGGUUGUGGGAUUUGCGCCAAAAGGAAACUUUAAAUAUAGUGAAGCCAUUUUUAGCGGAAAAAGUAGCCAGGCCAAGGCUUGGAAAGUGGAUUGGAACUGUAGAUUUCACCGAAGAUUGGCUGCUUUGUGGAGGUGGCCCCAAGUUGGCUCUUUGGCAUAUGCGUACCAUGGAGGCUGCAACGAUAUUCGAGUUACCAGACCAAGGAAUCCAUUCUGGAACGAUCUAUGAAGAGAGAGUUAUUGUCGGAGGUGCAAUGCCGAGUGUUCAACAUCUCAACUAUCAAGGAGAAAUAUUAGCUGAAGUGCUAACGUCCAGCAACACGAUAUACUCCAUCGUUUAUCAAGAUAACCCACCGAAAUUAUUGAGCAUGGCUGGAUCUAGCAACAACAUUGAUAUUUGCACGAACUUCAGCUACAGAGAAAUGACACUUAAAUUCGCUUGAUGUGAAAUCCAGAAUUGUCGAAUUGUUAAUCCGAAUAUGCUCGGGUGUGUGAAAAAGGAACGUAUCAUCUAUCCUUUCCCCUGUGCUUUCAUCAAUAUUGAGACUCAUCAGUGACUGUAUAUUUAUUAUCAGCUAGGGAACCAGUUUCGCUUCGCCAGAGGACAUACUGAUCUUAUUGUGUUCAAUAAAUAUAUUAAUACAUAGCGAGUAUAGAAACACAUCAUAAAAGUUUAUACAAAUAUACAAUGUCUUGUUUAUCUUAAA